AUCUCUGUGUUCGGUGCAGUAUUUUGAAACAUCUUCGCGUCGGAGGCUCGACACAGCGAAGAAACGCUUUUCAAGCGUCCCAUCCCUGCCAGAAACUCGGCCCCCUUCGCGCAUGCGCUCUAUAGUCAUCACAGUAUGAGGAGUGCAGAGAACAAGUAACGUCAGAGAUGAAGACACCUCCGGACCGAUCAGGCAUCACAUUUGAAGUCGGAGCCAAGCUAGAAGCUCGAGACCACCACAAGAACUGGUACACGGCCACCAUUGAGAAGAUUGAUUAUGACAAAGAGCGGGUCCUGAUCCACUACCUGCAGUGGAGCCGUCGCCAUGACGAGUGGUUUCAGUGGAACUCACCGUACCUGCGGCCGAAGGAGCGAGUCAGCCUGAGGAGGCAGGGCCUGAAUCCAACGCGAUCACAGCCGACGUUUGUUUCAGGCUCAAAGGUUCUGGCCUGUUGGACCGACUGUCGUUUCUACCCGGCCAAAAUCCUCCGCGUCAACAAGGACGAAUCCUACACAGUGCGAUUCUAUGAUGGCGUGGUUCGGACUGUGAAGCCCACCAAAGUCAAACCUUUCCAGGAAAAAUCCAGAUCUGAGAAAAGUGCUGUGGGAAGCGAGGGAUGGGAGGAAGGUGAGAGUGAGGAGGAGGAAGGAGGAGAAGGAAUAUCUGCACAGGAAUAUGGAGAAUACAUGAAGGGUUUCUGGUUUCCACUUGUAGUCCGGGUCAGAGUCCGGUUUGAAUAUGCACGAAAAAAUGUCCUGCUGGAGCGUCAGGCUCACCUUCCCACCACACACAAGUUCAGCAGAGAACCAUUGUACAGGGUGAUAAAGAACCAGCCUCCACCCAUCCUCUCCAUUGAGCUGGACCACAACCCCUUCAAGUGCCCUGCUCUCGGGUGCACUAAGUCAUUCAGGAAGGCGAGCCUGCUGCACUACCACAUCAAGUACUACCACACCGACCAGCAGCUGGAGGAGCAAAGCAGCGCGGAGGAGGCCGUGAGGAGGAAGCGAUCUUUUUCAGAGGGCGGCGACUUGGUGUCAGACAGGAGGAGUGAGAACUCAACCAGCGGAGAACAUAGCAUCAUGGGAACAGUAGAAGCCAAGAAGGAUGGGGGGAAGGAGAAAACGGGAGGACUGGAUAAGAAGGAGAGGAAGAACUUCCUGCGAAUCAAACUGAAGAAGAAGAAAAAGAAGAAGAAGAAGAAGAAAAGUCAGACGGGUUUCUGCAGCAGCGACGAUGAGAGCUCAGACAGACCUCCGAUCACUCUCAAGCUCUCAACUGAACAUCACAACACACACGUGCAAGCCGACGAUGGCAGCGAUUGGUCAACGCUGACAGCAGAGAGUGGAGAGGACACGCCCUCCUGGCCUGUUGGCACGGAGACGGAGGAGUGUGAGGUGGUGAGGUGUGUGUGCGAGGUGGACGAGGAGAAUGACUUCAUGAUCCAGUGCGAGUCGUGUCUGUGCUGGCAGCACGGGACCUGUAUGGGUUUAUACGAGGACAACGUCCCACACAACUACAUCUGCUACUACUGCAGACAGACCGCAGGUUGGCGGUGUGCUCAGCGUUUCCGGUCUGAGCCCGACUUGUUGAAAUCCGGUCACAUGUUUGGCCUGUCGUGUGUGAAGGAGAACUACUCGGAGGUCAACGCCUCCAAGAUCUCACACACCAGCCACCUGCUGGCGCACACGUACGGCAUCAGCCAGGUCCUCAGCGCCCUGCAACUCAAAAUCAGCCUGCUGCGCUCGCCGUCCCACCCCGACCAGCAGCUGUGGAGGUCACCGUGGAAGCAGGAGGAGAGGCACAGACUGACGUCCAGCCCGAGAGGAGAGCCGCCCGUCUGCUACGUCAGCAGCGAGCACUGUUAUCAGAAGCCCGGAGCAUCAUGGGAAAAAGGAGAGGAGCAGGAGAAAGAGAGGCCGAUGGUGACGGUGAAGCAAGAGCGCAGUGGCGAGGAGAAGGAAAUAAAACCUGAAGAUGUCAACAGGAGCGCAGCUCAUACCGCCGCAGACAGAGACGCCACCGCACUCACAGAUGUGCACAACAUAAAAACAGAGAAUCACGCAGGCGGCGGCGAGCAGGCGCACACUCGGACGUGCGCAGCGCAGCCUCGCGCGGCGUCGGUGGCCGAGUGUCAGCUGAACCUGCUGGAGCACAUCGAGUCCCUGCACCAGCAGAUCAGCGCCAGGAUGGACGUGAUCGAGAGAGAGCUGGACGUUCUAGAGUCCUGGUUGGACCACUCCGGCGAGCUCGAGCCUCCUGACCCUCUGUCCCGCCUCCCGCAGCUCAAACAGCGAAUCAAACGGCUGCUGUGUGACCUGUGCACCGUGAGGCGCCUGUCGGUCUGCCGCUGACCGCCCUCCCUCUGAACUCUGACGAGACAAAGAGCGUGAAACUCUGAGUUGACUGUGGUUUGUUUCCCUGCAGUUACAGGACAGCGCCCCCCUGUGGUGGAGAAAAGGUGCUCUGCAACAAGAUGGUGUUUUUUUGUUUGUUUUUAAUACAACGCGACUGUUCCUGAAACGCCUCCAGCCGGACUUGAGAGCCCGUGUGAGCACCAGGCGAGGACGACUUAGGUCAUUGAUCAGCUGUCAUCCGUCUCAUCGGGACAGGAUGAUGUUUGUCUCUGUGGAGGCUGAACGGACGCGUCGUCUGCCAUCAGCUCGUUGUUUUUCUGCCAGCCAGCAUCGAAGUGUAACAACGCACACAAAGGAUUUGGAUAUCGUAUAUUUUCUAAUUGUACUAAUAUUGCCAGUACUAAUAAUUGUUUGUUUGAAAGACUCUUGGAGGGUUUUACAGUCUGGUGAGACCAGGAGGUUCUUAAGGGUUGGUGACCACUAACUGCCAGUUGAGCUAGUGCUAGUUAGUCACAGCAGCUCUCAGAGCUAGUCUCUCUCUCUCUCUUUUUCAUCAUUUUAUUCACCAAUGAGGAGAGGAAGAACGCUACAAGCUGACUUAAAGGCCAGCUGUAUUAUUUUUAAAUCAUUGGUUCCUUUUUUUUUUAAUGUUAGGAAUCAGUGCGAUGUGGAGCAACAACAAAACGGCUUCAGUGUUCCUCAGGAAGGAUACCCUUCAAGCAGCUUAUUUUCCUACCCACACAUAUUUAAUCUGACUAAUUUACUGCAGGACAUACCCCUUACUUUUAUUUUGAAAGUCACUGCUUCAUUGUUGUGUGGUUCCUGAUGACUGAUGUCAUCACCGCUGGGGUGGGGCAGCACCACAGGUUAAUUAAUCAUUGAUCAAUAAUCAUUAUGCCCAGUGUGAGGCCAAACACCUUUAGUUUAUUUGUCACUUCCAGCAUGAAGAGACGUUUACACGUUUGUGUAAAGUCACGACUGAUUAUGACGACUCGUGAGCGUCUGUGGGACUCUGCAGCAGUUUCAGGUUUCAGCGUUUUUGCUCAGCAUUGGACUGAUUCCAAGCUUUUUUGUCUUCUGUAAUAAUUUAAACCCAGAAUGGAGCAGCGGGUUUUGUACCACACUGUGAACAGUGAGGCAUGUUUAGGCUGGUGUUAUACAAAUCUUGAAUAUGGUUCAGUUUUCAUGUACGUAAAGCUCUGAACCAGUCAACAAAGAUGCAGGAGGUCAUCACUGUGCAGACUGCAGCAACAACCAGGCAAAGCCUACUGGGGACUCAGUGGUGAGCAAUGGCCUUGAUCUGUCCCACGGGCCAUGGUUUGUUCCUGGUCUUUGACUGAAGGAGUGAUGUCACAGAUACAUGCAGCUGAAAGAACGUGUGGGCUCAGCCGUAGACUGGACGAGGGGCUGUGGCGUCCCCGAGGGAGCUCAGAGUAGUCGCUGCACCUCCACGUCUAAAGGAGCCCGGUCAUUAAAAUGUUGCAGAGGGAGUCUACGCCUGGAAUACCUACUUAGCCCACUGCCACCAGCAGACGGGCAGAAGGAAGAUGGAAAAAUCAGCCGCAGGUUAACAGAUACUGAGGUUUUCCUUUCACGACCUGUUUCAGUUGCUAAUUUGAAGUUGAUGCGGUCAGUUUAACCGUUUCAGACAACUAAAAAUUCUGCUCCUGCAUUUUUCACUCAUUCAGAAUCAAACAGUAUAUCUUUUAAAAGCACAAACUCGACACCAAAUGGUGUGAACCACUUAUAAAGAGCACAGAAACAGUAGCUCUUUGUACUAAUCUGUCGUUUCUCACCUCUUUCCGGUCACCUCUGCUGAGCGCUGUUUGCACUACAAGUGUCCAACAAACGAAAUGCUUCCAGACUUUCAGUGUCUUCAGUGGAAAAACAGGGUUUAAAAACACGCAUGUUUAAAUGGAUGUAAACAGCUAACUGCAGAGCCGAUCACAUUCAGUUCUGUUAGAAAGUUAUUCGGGGAAAUUCUGGGAAUCAUUUUGCAGGAGGAAUUCAUCCAUUCGUGGUAUGAUUCACUGCUGGCUCGAGCUGUGAGAGGUCACCCAGAUGAGGUUGUGGUGGCAGACUGUCAUUAGAGUGUCAGCUUUGGCGUCCUGUUGGUGUUUCUCUGUUAAAAGCCUCAUUGAGGGAACAGUUUUCUUCCCCUCCUCCUGUCCUCGUUUAUCUGCUUUUCUGCAUUUAUUUGUUUGUUCAAAUACACAGUAUCUUGGGUUGUGAACAGCAUGAUACGUUUUUUAUUCUGGACUCUUCAGUGCUAGCUUUGCUUAAUUCACAGUUAAUAAUUUAUCUGCUCUGUUUGAAACUGUUUCAGCUCGUCUGCCUUUAAGGCUACUCUUUCCUAAUUGGUUGCUCCUCUUAAAUAGAAGAUUUGGACAGCAGGUGGGUGGGGCUUAUGUGCCUGAGAUGACCAUAUUAGUAAUAUCCUCUUUCUGUGACAUCAUACAGAUCCAGGGAUAGAAAAACAGCUGCCUGAUAUGUGGGCUCACAGCGAAUUGUUCUUCAUGUUAAACAUGAACUUCCACUGCUGGCCGUAGAAAUAAGGAAAAGCAGAGUAUGUCCCCGGCUUUUUAUUUUUUAACAGCUGGCUCAUAAUAAGUUUUAUAUGUAUGAGUUCUGAACCAGACUGUCCUGCACAGAAUCAGAUGGAGAAAACUGCAGGUGCUGUUGUUGGUGCAGUCUGCCAUUAAAGCAAACAGCCUACUGUUAGAUUAAGAAACCCCAGCAGCUUUAAAAUGUACAUAUGUCUGAAUGAAGUUUUAUAUUCUUGAACAAGAAGCUAACUGUACAUAGCUGUAGAUUUUAUUUUGAUAGAAUGGCUUGAAAGUGGAACUUUCCAGGAAAACAGUUGUUCAUUUCAUGUUAUUUUCAGUUUUUCCUUCAGCGUCUCGUUACACUCUGAAAAACUUACCUGCUUAACGCUGAUGUGUCUUUAAUCCAACCUGUUGCUUCUCUUCAGUUUUUUAAAGUUUUUUUACCACGCCGGCUAAAGAUGCUGUGUUACGUAUCGCAGCCCGCAGGGCGUCUGACUCAGACCACAUGAACUGUAUAUAAAAGAUGGACACAUAACAUAAAGUCACCAGAACAGCGCUUCCUGAGAUUGGCAAUAUCAGGAAGCGUCUCAUAGACAUUUCAUCCAAUCAGACAGCUUUUCACAGCCACAGUCGCCGCCCUCUGCUGGUCAUCAGAAAGCAGGUUUAAGGCGUUUACAUCUUUCUUUCAUAUACAGUCCCAAGUUUUCAUUUUUAUAUUCAUACUCUUGUUUAAAGCACGAGGAAAUGUGUUUUUCUGAGGAGUUGUAGCUUUGAAUAAAGGUAUAAAA